AUGUCGUGCCCUGAUAGCCUGCCAGAACAUGUUUUGAGCCUGUUGAAGACUUCCAAAUAUCUUCAUUUGGCCACUUGCUCCAAGCCGGAGUGCAUUCCUUCAGUUUCUUUGAUGAACUACACUUACAUCUCGCCAGAGAAGGUGUUUGUUGCAGACAAGGAGAAAGGUGCAACGGGCGAAAGACGCCACUACAUCAUUAUGGCGACGCAAAGAGACACAGAGAAGUAUGAGAACAUUGCUCAGAACCCGGAGGUGUCCGUGUUGAUUCACGACUGGGUCACCGCCAAAAAGCUGUCUUUGCGUAAAAGCAGCAUGUCCAACACGCCAACACCAGAGCCCCAGAGCGCCGCGGCAGCCGCUGCCGCCCAAAACCCAGACCACCCUAGCAGACUGCUCAACCUGCUUCAGGAAUUGAACCAGUCCGAGCUUUCGCAGAUGAGCGCAACUUUGAGGGGGCGCGCGGAAGCUGUCGACCCAUCCAGUGAGGAAUUCAGAUACUACGAAGAAGCGCUUCUCAAAGCUAAUCCUGACGCGGGCGUAUACACCAAAGGCCAGAACGUGGCCGUGGUCAAGGUGAGGCUCGAGAGCGCAAAAGUAUCCGACCGUGAAAACAACACUAGCUUCUACGACUAA